ACUGUCAAGAAAAGGCUUUGACGAGCAGAUUCUCCUGUGCAGCUCCUCACUUCUUCCUCACAACCUUCCUCUCUCUCGAAAGUUGUCUUCAUUUCUAACCACAAAUACCUCCUCUGAUAGCAUUUUAUCCAUAUUAUAUCAUGGAUGAGGAUGUUGAGGCUCGUGAUGCACGUUUAAAGAUUAUAUCUGAGAAUCUGCGUCUGGCUAUGUGCGCCUCUCCCGAACUUGACAUGGCGUUUGAACCAGAGCGUGCAGGUAGAAGCAACUCAGUCACCAUGAUCCCAACCCUUUCAGCUGAAUCUCCUGGUGAACCGACCUGUGAACUAACAUUCUCUGUGCUACAAUUGGCAGGGGCUCAAUCCUCUGCAGAAAACCCUCAACGACUUCCACAGAAAGUAUUCGAUUUCACUGAAGAUCACCUUAACGUGCUUCGAAGCGAUCUCGCGGAGCUUCGAGCUUCGCUCGCAGCCAGCGGUUCAAUUGCGCAUUCUUCCGAUGAAAUCGAAAUGUUGAAGCAACUGGUCAAGAAAUUGCAGGAAGAUUGUCUUCGCGCCCAAGAGGAUCGGGUAUCGGCUUUGUUGGAGUGUGCGAAAUUGCAAAACGAGCGCAACGACGUAUCCCGUGAUGCGAUUGAGAAGAUUGGGGCACUCCGAAAAGAGAAUAAAAAGUUGAAAUUGGACCUUGCCAAUUUAAAACACAAGCAAGAUAAAGAGGUGGAAAAGGGCAACAAAAACCGGGUUGGCAAGGAGGGUAGCUCCAAGAAACGCGUACGUUUCGAACUAGAUACCUGUCCGGAGGAACCAAAAGCACAACAACCUUCGUACGACCCGGAGUACACUCGUGAUCCCAGACUUGCACGCCCUUUGGCAAGGCCGCCGAUAAAUCGCUGUCCCCUAAUUCGCUGUCCCCUAAUUUGGGAUCCAGAUAACGGCCCACAGGAGCCAACACCAGGACGACCCUGGGAGCGUACUCGUCACCCCAGAUAAGAUCAUAUCAUAACAAUUGAAUGAAUCUGUGUAUAGGUGUGUCUUAGUGAUAUGCGCGACUUUGAUUGAGCUUGGUAUGGGUCUCGUCCAGGUAGCAUGCGUGUGGACAUUUUCGGGAGAC